ACGUCAUUGAGCCAUUUCGGAUACUGGAGCGAAGCCAAGAUGCCCGACCCAGUGAAAGCACCGAAGAAGGGUUCCAAGAAAGCCGUGUCUAAGACCGUGAGCAAAACCGGUAAGAAGAGGCGAAAGACCAGGAAGGAAAGCUAUGCCAUCUACGUCUACAAGGUCCUGAAGCAGGUCCACCCCGACACCGGGAUUUCUUCCAAGGCCAUGGGCAUCAUGAACUCCUUCGUGAGUGAUAUCUUUGAGCGCAUCGCCGGUGAAGCCUCCCGUCUGGCUCACUACAACAAGCGCUCUACCAUCACUUCCAGGGAGAUCCAGACCGCCGUCCGCCUGCUGCUGCCCGGAGAGCUGGCCAAGCACGCCGUGUCUGAGGGCACAAAGGCUGUGACCAAGUACACCAGCUCCAAGUAAACCAACUGUCUGACAGAAACAACACAACGGUCCUUCUCAGGGCCACCCACCACCUCUUUUAAGAGCUUGAUUUCUACUCUGUGAUUUUCAGUGUUUGAUUUUUCUGUUCUCUGUUCUUUCUACUAUGAUGUGAAGUUCGACAAUUCUGCAUGUAAACAAGGUCUGUAACAAAAUGGUAUAGGGCAGGCGUUGUGCUAUUACUGCGGGCCCGUGAAAUAAAAGCCUCUAUGCCCUUCA